UAUCUCACGAAAACAUAUCCAUUUCGGUUCAUGAUUCGUGGCCGUGUUUCGCCCAAAAACCGGAUGUCAAGUAAAGAUUUCAAGUAAUUGCGCGAAGUUUGAUGUUAAUAUUCACUUACACAAACAAGAGUUUAUCCUUGGUGCUUUUUUAUCUUGGCCCUUGUCGUUCCUUGUUGUGACAGAAAUGAUUUGGCCUGUCGGUUUCUCGUACAAAUUAUGUCCGCUUUUCUGGAAGCAUUGUUAUCGAAUUUUCAUAACACCAUGUGGCCGGAAAAAGUAGACGGAAACUUGAUUGAAUAUAUAUUCAUUGACGUGGCUUGCUGAAUUUAAUGGGCUUCCCCAUCUGUUCUUUGAGGAGUCAAUAAAGCAUUGUGUGUGACGCCCAAAUGGUUUUCUAGUAGUUCGUUCAAUUUUCCUUAGUUUUGAGGAAAAUUCAACCGUACCAGCAUGUUUUUCUUUUCUAAAGUGAAAGAGGACGAAUCUUCUCCAGAUUCGUCGACAGGAAAACCGCCGCCUUUACUUCGAAGACACGAUACUUUUGGGAGUGCCGAAUUGUUUGAAGCUUGGGCGAAAGAUUCUUUUAUCAACCAAAGCACAAUUGACAUUCUGGUGAAAACGCAUCAAAUCGAUUGCUUGCCCGCGGUUCUUGCGUUGAAAAAGGAAGAUUACCCCCAGUUGAAUCUACCGGUCGGUCAACGAAGGCUUCUUGAAGACGCGGUUGAGAAACUACGCCAAGAAUACGAGUUGGUCAGACCACCAACACCAAAAGCAAUAAUUAAUCUCGAGAUGCCGGUUUAUAAAUCAAUGUUGGAGAUAGGAGAACUUGCGGAGGAAGAGACAGGGCCAAGUGAAAUGGACGACAGGGGUCAGUUUCAGGAAGAAGUGCCUAUUUCCCGCGCGCAAUCGGGAUUCGUUUCUCAGAGAAAAUUGGGCCAAGCUAGCAGCUUUGUUGAUUCUGGAACGGAAAAAAGAGACAGUGGACCUGAGAAGGAAACCUUACUGGCUACGGAACAGAGGAAACUAUCGCCACAGACAGCGCAGCGGAGAAAAGAUGGUAGCAAAUCUUCCCCAAGACAAUCCCAAGCAUGCAGCGAGACAAAGAGUUACCAUGACGACGGCGAUGAUGAUGGUGACGAAUACACAGCGUGCGCAUGUCAGAGAUGGAUGUUCGUUACAAUAUUCAUGCCAAUAUUUGUUGUUUUAUCAAUUUUAGGAUUCAUUUUCGUUCUUCUUCUCAUGCCAUUUCGUUUAUGUUGCCCUCAAGGUGGAGUAUUCACCAACGUUUUAACAUUUCUAUUUGAAGUCUUCAUAAUGGCUCCUUGUCUGGCGUGCAAGUGGGCGUCUGGGAAAGGAAAACAGCAAGCUAACUGGACAGCGGGCAGUAAGCCUCGCUAUGGUGGGACAGAUGACGUGGAGCUUGGUGACAAAUAACUCCUCAUUAGAAGAACUAAAAAAAAUAAUAAUUUUAGGCCUACUUGUACAGUUUUAUUUCUUGUUAAAAUAUUUAUUCCUAGGGUUAAUUAUGCUACGCUAAUGGACUUCUGGAGAGAAGAGUGAGGACUUUGGAAAACACAAUGGGGCGCUGUGCUGCCCCAGAAUAAAUCAUUGCUUAGUACCCCCCCUCCUCUACUAUUUUCGAGGGCUAUUAAGGUCCACGUUGUUUUCCAUUUAGAAAAAAACCGGAAAUUCCUGUUGGCAUGUAAGGCUCUGUUUCCAAGGAGGGAGGGUUACCCUAGCAAGCGGUUAACCCCAGCUGGAGGGCAAAAGAUAGCCCGGGUUUACAAGCAAA